AUGGCCCGAACGAAAUUAGUUAUGAAGCCACCUCCUUUGAAGGACCCCUCCAUGCUGGAGCUUUAUGCUCACUGCGUCUCCGCAACUGCAAUGGAGGAUCCUCAAAAGAGGCAGCGUGCGUUUGAUCGAGCUGCCCAGUCAACGCGCGAGGAUGAUCCAUGUAAAGAAAUUGGCAAUCCUCCAAGUCGAAGCUUGGAAAUGGCAGAGAAUGACCUAAAUAAGCCAAGCAGUGGUGGUUUCGUCUACAUCUGCGAGCAAUGCAUUCGAAGAGAAAACAAACGCAUCGCUAGAAAGAAGUUGAAAAACGAACAGGACGAAGAAAACUGGCGAACAGACCAACCUAAGCGUAUUAUUGUCUUUAACAAAGCAGAAGUGCUUGAAUGGAAAAAUGUGGAGUCUUACAAGGACGAAGAGACCGGGGAAAGAAGCACAUUGGUUGGGCAAAGUAAAGAAGAAUUACCAAACAACACGAUGCAAGUUCAUUGCCCAAUGCGAAUACAAUGCUAUAGCCGUCAUCAUGGGGAGAAAGUGGGAUAUCGAGUCAUCUUCACGGUAAAAGAUAGCGAUGACAAGUUAAUAGCGCAAACUCUUUCAAGUAGCGUCAUUAUCACAGACGACCAUAAGACCCCACAGGCUACAAAGAUCCCAGGUGAAUUCCAAAGCACGAGCAGCUUCGGGAGCUUGGGCUCCAGUAGCGCAGGAUUUUAUCAACAAUUGCAAGGGCCGUCGUUGGAUGGGCGCAACUCAUUCUCUACGCCCGACCUUCAAAGUUUAAAUCUAUCAUAUCGACACCAGCACUCGCAAUCACAGAGUUCAUUUCCCAGUCUUGGGGAUUCAUCGCUAGUGAAUCCAGAAUACCCUGCCUCUACGAACUGUUCUCGUCCCGCGUCUCCUACGGCGCUGCCUGGACCCCAGCACAAGAGGCGGAAGGGAAGUGGUAAUGCGAUUAGCAGGCCGCGACCCGAUCUUACAAUGACUAAGAUGAGUUCUGAAAGAAUGAAGAGUCCUCCAGCAGCUGGCAGCGUGCCGAUAGGCCUGUCUCGUCCGCCUGGUUCGAAGUUUCCGCAGCCUCUGCCUUCCCAUCAUUCAUCGACGCACGGAUUAUCAACUCCACCUACCUCAAGCCAUAUGCAAGCUAGCCCAAAUUUGCCAUGGCCUGCUACUGGGAAUUUCUUUCCUCGAUCACAGAGCGUCGAGAAUCUUCAGAGCCUUCAGGAUGUCUUCUCCGCGCCCAGUUCCGCCUGGCAAAGCCAAGUUCCUAGCCCCGAAUCUAGUCCUCAAUCAUAUUCGCAAGUCCACGUUCAAGCCCAAGGGCAUCGGAAUCCAAGCAAUGAACCUAUGCCCGGGAGGGCGUUGCCGAAGUUGCCCAUCAUUUGCAAGACCACUCCGGCCGACGGACCUCAAUCUGGUGGUGUAGAGGUCACUUGCCUGGGAGAAGGAUUUCGUUCAAGCUCACAGAUCUUUUUCGGUGACAUUCCUGCUACGACAAGAAGCGUGUGGAGUGAAAGCGCGCUAGUUUGUGUCCUGCCCCCAGCUGUACAUCCAGGUCCCGUGACUGUCACUGUUCGUCAAUCCGCCGACCCCAGAACUCCCUUGUCCUCGCAAAACCCGAUUCACUUCACUUAUGUGAACACGGACGAACAAGACCUAUUGAAACACGCACUACAUUUGGUGCAUCAGCAAUUUGCAGGUAGUCCACCACCACAAGCCUCUGACAUUGCCAGAGGCAUCCUAACAUCAUUUGGCGUCAACAACUCAAGACUUGGCAAGGGCACACAGUUUCCAUACUCCCAAAACCUCCAAUAUGCUGCUGCUCCAUACAUCAAUUCAGAAUCUAGAGAUGUAGAAGACCUGGUUUUGAAAUCACUGGAAAUCAUCGACCUUGACGACAAGCCGAACAAGGUGAAUCUCAAUUUCAGGGGGAUGAAUGGCCAAGUAAUGCUCCAUACCAGCGCUUCGCUCUCCUUCUAUCGGUUGCUUGCUGGUCUGCUUGCACGUGGUGCCCAUCCAGAUGUGAGAGAUAACAAUGGCAUGACUCCUAUGCACAUAGCCGCUCUUCAUGGAAAUCUUAGGAUGGUCCACAAGCUUCGCUCCAGCGGUGCUGAUCCUACUAUUCGCAGUCUGAACGGUAUGCGACCAGCUGAAAUUGCAGGGACGCAGGAAGUGCGUGCAACACUUGAUGAUCUCAACCUCGACCCAUCGUAUAAAAGAAUUGAUCGACUGAUGACUCCGCAUUUGAACCGCGUAUCCUCUAACAGAUCUGGUUCCGGUAUCCUGUCCAACACGGGCAAAGUCUCUGAGGUAUGUCGUGGGACGCCGAGUACUGAUGAUUUGGGCUUCAGUAAGGCUCGGCCGGCUCCCAGGCUCCAGUCUCCUUUGGAAUCCCUUGGUAGAAAUACCAAUGUUGUUCUCAAGCCUACUCAAGAGCACGAUCUCAGUACCGAUGCUGCUGUGCUUGCUGCAAGUCCGGCCUUGUCAGCUUGGAGAGAUCAAAUAUCAACACAAAUUCAGCAGCUCCAGCAGAGUGUCCAGCGCGCUCUGCCGCUCAUGCCAGCCCUCACAGACUAUCAAACUCAUCCUGUGAUGCGACGUAUAAGUAAUCUUGUACCUCAACGUGGAGCUCGCGUUGAGAAUCCCGACAACAACACAGGCAAACUCAAGGAUGGAGACUAUCGCUGGUGGGAACUUAUCACUGGACCCUCAUCUCCACCUUCUUAUGAGGAGAUCUACCCACAUCAAACGCGUGACCAGCAACAACGUAACGAGAAAGAAAUUAUGGCUCUCCGCGCUGCCGGUGAGGCUGUGCUGGAUAAGAAAUGCGAAUUGCUGCAUGAUCGACCGGAAAUCUCCGCCAAUGAGGAGACCUUCAACAUUGGCCGUGAGGCUCUCACAGAAGCGCAACAGCAACAAAUUAGAAAAGCGCAUGCUCAGAAAGUCAAAAAGCUUCAUAAAGACCGUAAUCUCUUUUUUAUUUGGAUCCCGAUCCUCUUCAUCAUCAUGCUCGCAGUUCUCAAGGAAAGGAUGUCAUCAAUCUGGAAUUCUGCUUCUCAAGCCUAUAUCUCCCUUGCUAGUUAA